AUGAAGUUUCUCCUAUUUUUCAUGCUGAUUCUUUUAAGUGUCAGCUUGGCACUCAUGGAUUCGAAUAUCCAGCCUGAUUACAUAAAGAAUAGAAAAAACCUAGUCGCACGUUCUGAGAGGAUUCAUGUCACAACACAUCGUCCAGGAGAUUUUCGUCCGUUCACUGGAAAAAAGACUACUCUGAAAAAUUGGUUCAAUUGA